AUGUCUUCUACAUCCCUCAUGAACCUACGCACAGCGCGUGUCUUCUCUCCUCGUCUGCGGUUCAACGCUUCGAGACCAUCAGUCCAAAUUCGAGGAAAGGCUACACUUCCUUUCCGUCUUCCUGAUCCUCGAAAUGAACCCAAUCAUUUGUACAAAAAAGGAUCAGAAGAGCGUGUCAAGUUAGAAGAGGCUCUUGUCAAACUACGAUCUCAACUUCCCGUUCCUAGCAGCAUCUUUUACGAUGGACAGGCUCAAAAGGCAGCUCAAUCUUGGGAUCAACCUUUGCCUGCUGAGCAUGGCACAGUUUUCACUAACUACCCUCUCGCGUCUAAGGAGCAAACAAAGGCUGCCAUUGAUGCUGCCCUGCAGGCGAAGAAGGACUGGGAGGAGACCCCGUUUGUUGACCGAGCUGCAAUUUUCCUCAAGGCUGCGGAGCUUGUUACUGGAAAGUACCGAUACGAUCUCAUUGCCGCAACCAUGUUGGGACAAGGCAAAAAUAUUUGGCAGGGUGAAAUUGAUGCGGCAGCUGAGCUGGCGGACUUUUUCCGUUUGAAUUGCAACUACGCUGCUGAGAUUCUUGAGAGACAGCCAACUCGUGGCAGUGAUGGAAUGUGGAGUCGCUUGGACUACCGCCCGCUGGAAGGAUUCGUUUACUCCAUCUCUCCAUUCAACUUUACUGCACUGGGAGGAAACCUGAUCUCUGCCCCAGCUCUUAUGGGUAAUGUGGUGUUGUGGAAGCCUUCGCCAUCAAACGUCUAUGCCAGCCACCUGGUUUAUAAGAUUCUCCUCGAGGCGGGUCUUCCCCCAAAUGUUGUGCAGUUUGUCACAGGUGAUCCGGAGACAAUUAACGAUGUCGCUCUUUCACACCGUGACUUUGCCGGAUUGAACUUCGUCGGCUCUUCAGAUGUCUUCCGCUCCCUGUAUGGCAGAAUUGGCGAGGGCAUCGCAAAGAAGACCUAUCGCGAGUUUCCUCGCGUGGUUGCCGAAACAAGCGGCAAGAACUUCCAUCUCGUUCACCCUACUGCCGAUAUCACCAGUGCCGUGAACCACACUAUUCGUGGUUCCUUCGAGUACCAGGGUCAGAAAUGCUCUGCCACAUCUCGACUUUACCUCCCUGAAUCUCGGGCUGAGGAGUUCUUCACAGCUCUCAAGGCUGGUGUGAAGGAUAUCACUAUUGGAAACCCUGACAAGGAUCUGGAUGCCUUCAUGGGCCCUGUGAUUCAUCGUCGCUCAUUUGACAAGAUCAAGAACAUUAUUGAUAACAACAAUAAGGAUUCGUCGGUGAAGCUUAUUGCGGGUGGAACCUACGACGACUCGGUUGGAUUUUAUGUGCAUCCUACUGUUUACCAGGUCGAUACACCGGAUCACAAACUCUUUAAUGAGGAGAUCUUUGGACCGGUUCUUGGAGUUUAUGUCUACCCCGACGCUGAGUGGUCAUCCAUUCUGAAGAAGGUAGAUGCAGCUGGAGGUGGAUUGGCCCUAACCGGUGCGGUCUUUGCCCAGGAUCGUAAAGCAAUCCGUGAAGCUGAGGACGCGCUCCGCUAUUCAGCUGGUAACUUCUACAUCAACUGCAAGACAACCGCCGCACUUAUUGGCCAGCAAUCCUUUGGUGGUGCUCGCGCUAGUGGCACCAAUGACAAGGCUGGCAGCUCCGAUGUCUUGCGACGCUUCACCAGUCCUCGUUUGAUUAAGGAAGAGUUCUUUCCUCAAUUAGGAGGAUAUCUGUACCCUAGCAACUACCAGUAA